GAAACAACUUCAAGCAAGUUCGGUAACGACACAAGUCAGCAAGUGAUCUGAAGCGGACUGCAUCCGUGGACAGUCAAAGGGGUGUGCGCCCCGGUUACUUGGAUACAAUUGUGAUUAUUAUAUUUGACAAUAAAUCUUAAUUUAUACUAUAUGAAUUGGAAAUAAUACGUAAUCGAGAUAUGGGUGGAUUACUCAGUUAUUUUCGUAAUUUACUCGGCAGCCGGGAGAUGCGGAUUUUAAUUCUAGGCUUAGAUGGAGCCGGAAAAACUACGAUCUUGUACAGAUUGCAGGUUGGUGAAGUGGUUACAACAAUACCUACUAUAGGAUUUAACGUAGAACAGGUUACAUAUAAAAAUUUAAAAUUUCAAGUAUGGGAUCUGGGAGGUCAAACUAGUAUACGACCAUAUUGGAGGUGUUAUUACUCAAACACUGAUGCAAUAAUUUAUGUUGUGGAUUCUGCAGACAAGGAUAGGAUAGGCAUAUCAAAAGAUGAAUUAAUUUAUAUGUUGAGGGAAGAAGAAUUGCAAAGUGCUAUUUUAGUGGUCCUGGCAAAUAAACAAGAUAUGGCAGGAUGUUUAAGUGUUGCAGAGGUACAUCAAGCACUUGGAUUAGAUGCUCUUAAAAACAGAACAUUCCAAAUCUUUAAAACCUCUGCAACAAAAGGUGAAGGACUUGACCAAGCAAUGGACUGGUUGUCAAAUGCACUGCAAAGUAGAAAAUGAUUAAUAUUAUUAAAAAAUUUUUCUACCCAAGCCUUAUUAAGGAGACUAGUCAUAUGACUGUCAAAUUAAACGACCCACGCAGAGAUGGGCACUUCAUUCUGUCUAUUUAUUACAACUAUAUUUUAAAUAGCCUUACGAAUUCUAUCGGAAGGCGAUUCUAUAAUUUGUCACGAUGUUCGUAAUGUGAAGCAAGGAAUAAAAGUACCAAAAAUUUUAUCUUUCUACACAACUUGAAAUAAAGUAAACAUAGAGAUUUGUUUAA